AUGUGCAAGAGUUUUAGUUCAAGCCUUUUUGGUCCGGCUCUUCAGUGGUACACUAACCUCCCGAACAGUUCAAUCAACUCAUUCGCACAACUCACCGACACCUUCGUUGAGCAAUUCGCCAGCGAUAAAAAACUUGAGAAACUAUCGGCCGAUCUGUACAGAGUAUACCAAAAAAGGGGGGAGCCGCUGAGAGAGUACGUCAGCAGAUUCAACAAAGAAAAAAUCUCCAUCCCCUCCUGCAACCCCGAGACAGCCGUUGACGCCUUCAGGAAGGGUCUCCUCCCGGAUGGUGAACUAUACAAAGAACUGACGAAGCUCGGUUGCACCACGAUGGAAGAUGUUUUGGCCAGAGCAGUGAUUCAAAUAAGGUGGGAGGAAGAUGAGAUGAAUCGGGCGAGUCAUGGAAGGUAUGACCCAAGGCGGAAUGAUAGAAUGCCAAAGCUCAAAUCGAUUGAACCCCGUCGCCAACCCCCUCCACGCAAUCUAAACAAAGUUAGAAAACCAUAUGACUACCAGCCACUUAGAACCGACAACAGACCAACCGAAUCAAGCCGAUACAGAGUCCUAGAGUACAACCUCAACGUCGAACCAGCCCAGGUCAUGGCAAUCAUGAAAGGAAUGGGAUCUAGCGUUAAGUGGUCGGGCAAGCUCAAUGCCGAAGCAAGGAGGGACACGACCAAGUGGUACAAGUUCCACGGCGACCAUGGACAUAAUAUCGCUGACUGCAUUGCCCUGCGAUUGGAAGUUGUCGUACUACUGAAGUGGGGACAUCUCCGUGAUCUAUUGAUAGAUAAAGGGAAUAAUAACAUCAGCCAGAAAAGCACGAAAGAAACAUCUCCGCCUCCACAAGAACCUACGCCAAAAGGAUUCUGCUCAAUCAUCUCAUGA